AUGAAAGCCUUCUUCCUUAUUUUGCCAGGAAUUGCCUAUCUUGGAGGGAUCUGCAGUGCGAAAAGAAAAUGCGUCCUUGCAGAAGACAAUGGGCUGAAUCUAGCGUUCACCAUUGCACAUGAACUGGGACACAACAUGGGAAUGAGCCAUGACGAUGACCACGCGUCCUGCACUGGGAGAUCUCACAUCAUGUCUGGAGAAUGGGUGAAGGGCCGGAACCCAAGCGACCUCUCUUGGUCUUCCUGCAGCCGUGACGACCUUGAGAAGUUCUUCAAGUCCAAGAUCAGUAGCUGUUUGCUGGUCACAGACCCGCGUAGCCGAUAUGCUGUACGGCUUCCUUACAAACUUCCUGGGAUGCAUUACAGUGCAGACGAGCAGUGCCAGAUCCUCUUCGGAACAAACGCAACGUUCUGCAAGAAUAUGGAGCAUUUGAUGUGUGCCGGGCUCUGGUGCCUCGUGGAAGGGGACAUGUCCUGCAAAACCAAACUGGACCCUCCUCUGGAUGGCACGGAAUGCGGGGCGGACAAGUACAUGAAGGACGUGGAGCAGAAGCACACUCUUCCUGGACCUGGCGGCAAAAAUUGCCGCGGAGCGAAUGUCGAGCACACAGUUUGCGAAAACUUGCCAUGUCCUAAAGGGGUGCCCACCUUUCGAGACCAGCAGUGCCAGUCCCAUGACCGAUAUAGCAACAAGAAGAAAAACCUUUGGACUGCGGUCAUCAUGGAUGAUAAGCCCUGUGAACUCUACUGUUCCCCCAUUGGGAAGGAAUCUCCCGUGCUGGUGUCAGACAGGGUGGUCGACGGAACUCCCUGCGGCCCUUACGAGACUGACCUCUGCGUUCAUGGCAAGUGCCAGAAAAUUGGCUGUGAUGGAAUCAUUGGCUCGGCUGCCAAAGAAGACCGCUGUGGAGUCUGCAACGGAGAUGGCAAAACCUGCAAAGUGGUGAAAGGAGAUUUCAACCAUACCAAAGGGAUGGCUUUGAAAGAUUCCAGUAAGAAGUCCAUUAAUAGUGACUGGAAAAUUGAACUUCCUGGGGAGUUUCAGAUCGCAGGAACUACUGUCCGGUAUGUGCGAAGAGGUCUGUGGGAGAAAAUCUCAGCCAAAGGACCCACUAAAAUACCACUCCACUUGAUGGUGCUGCUGUUCCAUGACCAGAACUAUGGGAUCCACUAUGAAUAUACCAUCCCUGUGAACUACUCUGCUGAAAACAGGAGUGAGCCAGAAACCUUGCAGGACUCCUUAUACAUUUGGACGCACAGUGGGUGGGAAGGCUGCAGUGUCCAGUGUGGAGGAGGAGAACGCAAGACCAUUGUGUCCUGUACCCGGAUUGUCAACAAGACCAUGGUGUUGGUAAAUGAUAGUGCCUGUCAGCGGGUUAUCCGUCCAGAUCCUCAGGUUAGAAGAUGUAACGUCCAUCCCUGCCAAUCAAGAUGGGUGGCUGGACAGUGGAGCCCUUGCUCGUCCACCUGUGCCAAAGGCAUCCAGAUCCGGGAAGUGACCUGCGUCUAUCAGCUGCAGAAUGGCACCUACGUGGCCACCAGAGACCUCUACUGCCUGGGUCCCAAACCAGCACCUCUACAGAGCUGUGAAGGACGCGACUGCCUUUCCAUCUGGGAAGCGUCAGAAUGGUCAAAGUGUUCAUCAGACUGUGGACGUGGGAUACAGAAGCGAACCGUCACAUGCACCAAUUCACAAGGGAAGUGUGACGCAGCCACCAGGCCGAGGGAUGAGGAAGAUUGCGAGGAUCACACGGGCUGUUACGAGUGGAAGACGGGGGACUGGUCCAAGUGCUCCUCGACUUGUGGGAAAGGCCUUCAAUCGCGGGUCGUGCAGUGCAUGCACAAGGUCACGGGUCGCCAUGGGAACGAGUGUCCCGUCCUCUCCAAGCCUGCGGCCUACCGACAGUGUCACCAGGAGGCCUGCAAUGAGAAGAUAAACGUCAAUACUAUUACCUCUCCGAGGCUUGCUGCUCUGACAUAUAAGUGUGCAGGGGAUCAGUGGACGGUUUACUGUCGAGUGAUUCGGGAGAAGAACCUUUGUCAGGACAUGAGGUGGUACCAGCGCUGUUGCCAGACCUGCAGAGACUUCUAUGCAAACAAGAUGCAACAGAAGAGUUAA